AGCUAGCUAGUAGCUUCUGCCUGGUAGCUCCUAGGAAGCCAGUUAUUACCCAUUUCUAUUUGAGUGUUGUCCUUGUUACAAAGCUGUAGCCACCAUACCGUAUUAUAUAUUUCUUAGAGGGGCAGGUUUCGUUCCGAUUAAGAUAUCCCUGCCGGUUGGAUACCCUUGUUGGAUAUUCCUGGUUCCGAUUGCAAGGCCGUGUACGAUGAGAUGGAAACGGAAUAUAUGGGUACUUCUCGGACUCUGGCGUAUCGACUACAGUUGGUUAAGAGCAGUCAGUGGAUUCUCCAUGGACAUCCGAAAACGAUUACCAGGCAUCUGGCGGUUACGAAUUCAAGAAAAACAAAAAGAAAUUCCAAAAAGACGAAGAAUUGUGGAUGAUUUGAUCCAGGCAUCCAACAACAAAGAAACGCAGCUGCAAGAAAUCCUCCUGAAAUUAAACAAAGAUGGGUCCUUUCGACAAUGCGAUGAGGGUUACGAAGAAGGAAAAUGGAUGUCGGGGAGAUGGGGUGUGCGAACCGUUUUGCAGGACGACGCCAACAAGAAUGAAACCACAAACUUUUAUCUUGCGGUAGACAGGCAAUAUUUCGGACCGCCUUAUGAUAGCCUAUUCAUCGGGGAAAUUUUGGGGGAAGGGGACAAGACAUCGAGCAAUAAAAAUGGCAACAACAAUGGCAACGAAACGACCAUGUCGGUCCAAGGCUCGAUUAGAAUUGGGAAAUUCCAAAUGCCCAAGACAGAUCCAUCCUUCUUUGACAAAGAUCCCAUUGUGACCAACGGGAACGCUACUGGAUCUUUUGUUUUGCAGCAAAUGUUGAGUUUUGCCUUACUCCUGUCCAAAGAAGAAUGCAUGAACGGCGACAGCAACGAUGGCAAUGACAAUUCAGCUGAUAGUUUCUGGGAUGAAUCUCCUGGACGAGACUCAGCAGCGGAUGACGAUGAAAACAGGCUCUCUGGAUGUGCCUUUGAAUGAGGAUGCUGUGGAGGCAGAUCGCACAUCGCAAGUUAUCGUGCCCAAGUAACUUUUGUAACAAUACGCGUCCAAGGUACCAAUGCGUGGAGGAUCACAGACCACUCCCUGGGUUCAUGUGCGCACCACGCUAAACUCUCGACGUGCGACGUUCGUUGGGUUCCUUGGCAGGGAUUGGCAAAGUGGCUAAGGUUGAGCGGUUCUCCACCUUUUGCUGGUUCUAGCUAGUCUAAGACGCGAAUCAGAAUCGAAUCCGCCGUGAUCUGUACCGGUACGGUAAAGGUAAAGGUAUCUGCUCUCUGUCUUGCGUGCUGGAUGCCCGCCGGUAACCGAGGUUCCAGAGAAUGAUUUUUCAAUCCAUGAAACGUGGAUACCUUUAUUCAAUUGAAUUUAAAAUUCAUGUUGGGGCAGCACAAUUACGGGUAUCCAUACUGAAACUACCUGUAGUAUUAUAUCUUAGCUCAGAAUCUUCCAUCAU